AUGGCGGCAGUGAUGACGCUAGUGCCUUUCCUUGUGCUCUCGGUUGCCGCAAUCUCGCCUCCGCGCCUGCCAGCACUGCAUCGGCCGGCUCGGUGCGCCUGCACGCUCCAAGAGCGCGCCGACCAGGAAGCGGGGCCAAGCUCGCCGGCAGUGUGGCUCGCGUCGAAACGCUCGCCUCCUGACGCACUUGUGCACGGCCGGGUCCCGACCCGAGAGGUGGACAGGCAGUCCUCGGUCAAGAAGCAGCUGGAGAGGGAGCAGUCGUCGGUCAAGGAGCAGCUAGAGAGGACCUUCGCCAUCAGUGACGACGCGUCAUCGCUCCUCGCGGCCGAGCUCUCCUGGGCGGCCGCCGAGGAGGAAGCCGCGGCGUCCGAGGCGGCGCUGCGAGGUGAGAAGCUAGCGAUCGUCCUCUCCGAAGAGAUCGUCUCCCUCGGCGUCGGCGCGGCGAGGCUGCUGCUGGGCUGCGUCGCACUCGUCUACGGCUCCAACUACGCGUCGGUCAAGCUCCUCGACGAGUGGGUGGGAGCGCCGUCGCUCGGCGCACUCCUCCGCUUCGCGCUUUGCGGCUCCGUCCUCGCCCCGGCGCUGCUGCUCGCGGCGAAGCGGCGGCCGCGGCUGCUGAGCCUGCCGCUCGUAGCGAGCGGAGUCGAGGUCGGCGUGUGGAUGGCGCUGGGGUACGUGGCGGCGGCGCUGGAGACGUCGCCGGCGGGCGCCUUCCUCCUCUCGCUCACCGUCCUGGUCUGCCCGGCCCUUGAGACGGCGCUCGAGGCCGAGGGCGGCAGCCAAUCGCUGGCCUUCCAGAUGGGCGUGGUCCUCUGCUUCGCCGCCGGGUGGGCGCUGUGGGACGUCGGCGGAGACGGCGCAGAGCUGUCGCGCCACGUGGGCGACGCGCUGUCGCUGGCGUCGCACCGCCCGGAGGUAGUGGCGGCGUGGCUGUGGUGCGGUGUCGUGACGACGGCGGGGUGCGGCUUCGCCGAGGCGCAGGUUCUGUCCACUCUCUCCGCGAGCGACGCGAUGGUCAUUUUCUCGACGGAGCCGCUCUGGGCGGCCGCCUUCGCGUGGUUCGCGCUGCACGAGGAGAUGAGCCCGCUGGGCUACCUCGGCGGAGGCGUCAUUGUCGCCGCCUGCAUUCUCUCCUCCGGAGCACUGGGCCCUUCGGACUCCGCCCGCGAGGGCGAGAUUGCGAUCUCCCCGUUGCCCGAGGGCGGGGCUGCGGGGAUUGCGCACAGGGGGGCGCCGGAGGUGGCGCCGGAUGACCGGUGGAGGAGCGAGCUCGAUGACGGCGGCGCCAAGGCGCGGUGAGGCACAGUUAAUACAGUACGACACUCGCAGGCGCUCCACCUAGAACGCCGAACUCCACCCACCACCCUCUCGUUUUGAGGGGGCAUCUCCGAUCUCGUCGUCGUUCACAAGCCGAAGCCCUCGUGUCUGCGUGUCCUUCCGGUCGCGUUAUGAGAAGCAAUUCUGAAAGAGC